AGAGAGGGAGGGGGUGCCUCCUCCUCCUCGGGCUCGCGGAGAAAGAAACUUGGGACAGCCGAGCAGAGGAGAGCAGCGGUGCCGAGGCGAGCCGGGCCGGGCCUCCGAGCGCCGCCGCCCCCACCCCACGCCGGGGGCCAAGAUGGUGUCCUGGAUGAUCUCCCGAGCCGUGGUGUUGAUUUUUGGAAUAUUGUAUCCUGCUUAUUAUUCAUACAAAGCUGUGAAAACAAAAAACGUCAAGGAAUACGUUCGGUGGAUGAUGUAUUGGAUUGUUUUUGCCCUUUAUACUGUGAUUGAAACAUUGGCAGACCUAACCGUUGCUUGGUUUCCCUUGUACUAUGAGAUGAAGAUUGCUUUUGUCAUUUGGCUGCUCUCCCCAUACACCCGUGGGGCAAGUUUAAUCUAUAGGAAGUUCCUUCACCCACUACUUUCUUCAAAGGAAAAGGAGAUCGAUGAUUAUAUUGUCCAGGCCAAAGAACGAGGCUAUGAGACCAUGGUAAACUUCGGUCGCCAAGGUUUAAACCUAGCAGCCACCGCUGCUGUGACUGCUGCCGUGAAGAGCCAAGGAGCGAUCACUGAACGUUUGAGAAGUUUCAGCAUGCACGAUUUAACAGCCAUUCAAGGAGAUGAACCUGUGGGACAGAGGCCCUAUCAGCCUGCCCCUGAAACUAAAAAGAAAACCAAAACCACUGCCAGUGAGUCUACAGGUUACAGAAUUCCCUCAAAAGACGGAGAUGAGAAAACAGACGAAGAUGGCGAUGGGCCGUGUUCAGACGAUGAAAUGGUAACACACAGAGGCCUUCGAAGAUCCCAAAGCAUGAAGUCUGUGAAGACUGUCAAAAGUCGCAAAGAGGCCAGUCAAGUACGGUACGGCUCAUUAAAAUAUAAAGUGAAGAAAAGACCACAGGUGUAUUUUUAGUGGACCAAAUAUCUCAGAGUGAACUGCUGUAAUGCAGUAACUUGACUUCAAUACAUCCUGUAUUUGUCCAUUUAAAAUAAUUCCUCGAGGAACAGCGAUGAUAGGAUGGAUAGAGAUAGCUUUUAUCUGUUAAGUACGUGGAUAGGUUUUAUUUCUCUAAUUAUUACUUAAUAAUCUUGACUAUUAAAAGCUAUUUAUAUAAACUGUAGUUCUUUCAACUCUGAAGAUAAAUUACAAAUGAUAGAAAAUGUUACCCCUUUUUAAGUUGGUUAACACUAAUUGAGUCUUUGCUGUACAAGGCAAAAGCACACACACAAAAAAUUUCUUUAGUAUACUUGAAAAGAACAUUUUUCUGGUUCAGGAAACUUUACAAAGCCUUUAUGGUUAUUGUAAUUUGCUUACCUCCAUUUGUGCUAUGUAAAUUAUAUAAUGAGUCAUGAAAGAGACCAAUUUAUUCUAAAUUUGUGCAUUGGUACAGUGAGCACAGAAGGAGAGAAAAUAAGUUACAUUUUGUAUAUCCUUGGAAAUUUUACUUGUGUAAGAUUUUCAGGUCUCCUAAUCCUCACCAAGUUUUAAAACUGAUUUGAAAACCAGGUAUCUACACCCAGCACUUUUAUACCUAUACAGCUUUGCACACUUAAAAUUGUUUACUUUUUUACAGCUGUACAUUUUUUUCUUUUAUUGAAACUAUUUUCACCGUUCUUUGUCUCAUUUUGCCAUGUCAUAUGUAUGCUUUGUUCUCUUUAAUUUUUCUUCCUGUGGGUUUAAUUCUUUAAAUGUAUUUUGAUUUUGGAAACAUGAAACAUAACUGACCUUUUCAUUAAAUAUCCAUUUUAGGUUUUUAAAAUUACUUUACCUUCUCACGAAUGAGAAGCAAUGUGUGACUGAUACCUACUUUUACAUUUGCAGUUCUGUUUUGCAGUUAAAUAUAGUAUGUUCCUAUUAAUAAUACCAAUUAAGCUUUUUAGUUUUAAAGACAAUACUAGCUUAAAUAUAGUAAUGGUAAGCAGUCCAACACUGCACCCCAAUUUUGUGAACUGUCUCAAAGCUUGAAGCAUAAAUUAUUGGUUUUAUGUGAAUCUCAGUGAUCGAUUUCUGAGUCUGGCAUCGGCUGGCUCCAUUUCAUUGAAUCACUUCUCUCCUGGCUAAGAUGUCUCCCCUGAGGAUGAGGACAUCCCAGUGGGAAAUAUAAGGAUUGUUAUCUUUUUUCAUCUGAAAAACCAUUUCUCUACGAGGAAAAUGUAUCCUAAUGAGUCUUCUUUUAGCAAAAGGUUUGGGGGUUUAAAUUAUUGAGGCUUGAAUAAUGGACUCUUACUAUUAUGUACCUGGAUUGCUUUCUUCACAUUGAAAAUCAAAGUCUUUUGAA